AUGGCUCUGCGCAAAUCUGCCGAGAACGCCGAGGACGUGGCGGCUGCGUUCACUACUUUUCGAACCCCUCUCCCAGAGCACGCAGCCGAGGUAACAUCGCUCAUCGCCGACCUAUAUGCAAUCAGCUCGUCCUUGGCUACAUUGGAGGAUCUAACCAAAGAUCCCCGUUAUCGGCGCAAUGUGGCUCUGAUCCGAUCCGAUUUGAACAUCCUGCGCGCCAGUCUCAAUCACACCCUCGAGGACAUCCUCGAAUCCUUCAGGAGUCUCGAUGGCGGGAAGGCGAGUCCCGUGGGGUACAAGCGGACAUGGAUGACUCUGAACCGCUUCUUUUAUGACGAAUCGAACUAUUCCCUGGCGACUCGCUUGACCAAGUAUAACAUAAUGCUGAAGGAGCUAAGUGACUUGACGAAAAAUAACCACCACGAUUCACCGCUGUUCGCAGGCCUACAGAAAAACAUGAAAACACUCCUUGCCGUACAAGACCGCCGUCUCAAUUCUCGCAUGGGGCGCAUGACGCUCGGCCGAAAUCCUUCGUCCAGCGGCAGUAGCGCCGGGCCAUCUAGCCCCAUUAUUAAUGACCGGAGGACACCGCGGCGCAGGUCAUACGAGCGCACUCGUCCCGUGCACAUGUCUCCUCCGGAGCCGAUGUCGCCUUCAUCGGGGACGUUUUCGGAUUUGCUGCCGUCGGCCCCGUCGGUACCAGGCUCACCGGUGACUUCUACAACCGCAACGACGGCUACGAGCUACUCAGCUAUCUCUGAUGUGAUCAAGGAACACUGGGCCAAGGAAUCAUUCACGUCUAAUAGCACCAACAAUCCUCUCCCAGCAGUGCGGGAAAGAUCACGAUGCGAUGCAGUACCUCAACCAGGCAUCAGAGAAGCAAUCAAAGAAAAGGGCUACGAAGAGCUUCUCCAAAUAGCCCUCAAUGACGAGUCUGACAUGCGAGUAUCAUUUUAUCUAAGGGAAUCAGACCACCGCGUCCGCAUCCUAUGCAAAGUACCCCACCGAGGCAGACCUAGCGACUACUGGUGCUUGCCACUUAAUCUACUCGAAGUCUUGCGAAACGGCUCCUGUCUCCGCCUCUGCAGACGACGGAACGGUGGAACAGAGCUUGUGCUAUGGGCUCAAUUGAAAUUCACCACGAUGGAAGAUCUGGUGAAUUUCCAUAGUACGUUCCUUGCCUUACGCUCGCAAGAUGCAGGCCAUCCCGUCGGAGAGAUCUUAGACCACGAAAUACAAGACGAAGAGGAACUCUUUGGCGGAAAAAUCUCCGACGAUGGAUAUAUGCAUGCACUACGCGUGUUCGAAGACCUGGAUACCGGAGCCGUCAGACUCCAGGCCUCGGUCCACGAAGGCGGGUUGAAACGAACACCGGUUUGGACAGCCUUCAUCACCCACAAUAUUGGCAAACGCAGCUGGCUUCGAUACCAUGAUUCCAGGACGUUGAUGUUGCGUGAUACCAAAGCCGUGGUUUUCAUGUCCGCGGAGGAUUAUUCUCUCCCGCAGACGCCUCAGGGACAUCUGAUGUUGACGUUUACCAGUUCGGCAGAUGCGAAGGAAUUCAUCAAAGUUGUGGAUGAAAUCGCCGAGGAUCAUCUUCGGUGA